GAAAAAAAUUAUUUUCAAAAAUUGGCAAUACUGAUAUUGCAACACAUGCCUGGUGAUGUUUUUCUGAAUCCCUAAUAUUUAUCUAACAGGCUUAAUUGCUUAUACAAAUAUGAAUAUCGCGCUUUUAGGAUUGUAGUAUUUUGUCAGUAACGUUGCAAUCAUAGUGAGAAUUAUAUGCCUGAUUAUUGUGCAAUUCAACAUCUAAAGUCAGUUUUUAUACCAACUGAUAACCACAAUCAUGGAGGUUCUUGCAAUUAAAUUGGUUGAGGGUCUCCUUGAAGAGUUAUCCAAGACACAUGCUCUUUCCGUUUCCAUUGCUGGACCACUGAAAGAUUCUGCUACAGUUGCUUUUCCUACAUUUCUUGGUGGCUUGGUUGGUGGUCCUGGUGGUGCUGUGUUAGGAGCUAUGGCAGGAACAGGAAUCCUUGGCAUAUCAAAGGCCCUAGGAUAUGGUGAUUACAAGCCUUUAAUGACUGCUUUAAGAGAAGAUUUUACAGAGCAAGAGAGGAACAAUCUUUAUGAGAGAUUGUGGGAAAGACUGGAAGGAUUUGUAUCCUGUCCGUUGAAUCAAGCCAUGAGCUAUUCAGCUUUAACUGCCUUAAGUAAAACUGUAGAACAGAAUCCAGGAGUGAUGGAAAAUAUCAAGAAUGAACUUAAAGAAGCUCUUGGUAAAAAGAACAUGGGCUUGUGUUAAAAAUCAUGAUAAUUAUUGCCAUUGGAUUUUGGAAAAAAUUUUGUUUGUUUAAUUUGUGAUAUUGCAUAGGCUAAAGCCUUCACAAUUUAGUUUGAGCUAGUGCAACAUUUAGUUUUACCCAAAUGCAUUUAAUUAAAUCCCAAUUCAAGCAAAUCGAAAAAAAAAUAAUGUGAUCUGUGUUUCCCUAAAUAUGUUUUACUGAAUAUUGAUAUAAUACACAAUAGUUCUGCGUA